GAGAAAAUGUAUUUAGAGAUAUUUGGGAUUAUAUAGUGAAAAUAUGAUUAAGUACUUAAGACAACACAGCAGUUCCACUUUUUGACAUAUAUUCAUUGCCCAGUUAAUAUAGGAGCAGUUUUCAGAACAACCUAGGUCGACUGAGUGAAAACAGCUGACCUUUAUAAUGCUAUAGUAAUGCUAUAUUGUGCUUGAAUAAAAUAUCGCUAAGUUGUGUGUAUUGGAUUUUUCCUUGCCUAUAAAAUAAAUUUAAGUAUUGCCUCUGGGUAUCAGUAAUGAUUAUAUGGGGGCCAAUAACUCAUCACGCCAACCUAGGAUGAAUGUCUCUGAAGUCGAGCCAUCGACAAGCGAACAACAUGAAGAGUCCCCAGACCUACAGGCAAUUCUAGCUUUCCUCAUUCGUAGUGGCCAAGUUAGAAUUCUCACCAAUGAUGAAGAAGAUGUAGAAGGCAAAGACAGUGAUUCUGAUGGCUGCAGUUUUUAUAACACAGCCCAACCCCCACUAGAGGAUCCGAACCCAGACACAGCAGAAAUAGACAUGAGUGACCUACGGCAGGAAAUACUGAAGGCAUCAGGGCGAGCCUUCAGAAAGAAGAUGAAGCCCACAGUUCUUCAUAUGUUGCAAAGUCGAGAGCAUGGUAGAAACAAGAAGCAGCAGUUUACAUUGGAGGAUCAGAGGGUUAUUAAUUGUCAGUAUUUGCCAAAUCACAUGAGGACAGUUGCCAACUUCCGGAACAAAGCUUUCUGUGGCACCUUCUCUAAAGAUGGCAACAUAUUUCUGUCAGCUUCACAAGAUCAAAAUAUCAGGAUAUAUGAUACGAGGGAAGGCCAAUUUGAUCUCAUUAAAACAAUACGAGCUCGAGAUGUAGGCUGGAGUGUCCUAGAUACUGCAUUCAGUCCUGAUGGGAAUUACCUGAUAUACUCAAGUUGGUCUGAUGCUAUUCAUCUAUGCAACAUUCAUGGAGAUUAUGACACACACAUUCCUCUGCCUCUGAUGCCUGGAGACCAUAGUUUUGCCAUUUUCUCCAUGACGUUUUCAUCAGAUAACACAGAAAUAUUAGGAGGAGCAAAUGAUGGCUGUCUGUAUGUUUAUGACAGAGAGCAAAAUAGACGCACUCUAAAGAUUAAUGCACACGAUGAUGAUGUGAAUGCAGUGGCCUUUGCUGACAACUCUUCUCACAUCUUGUUCAGUGGUGGUGAUGAUGGAUUGGUCAGAGUCUGGGAUCGACGAACCUUACGAGAGAGCAACCCAACACCUGUGGGUACUUUUGGUGGUCAUUUUGAUGGAAUUACCUAUAUUGAUUCUAAGGGAGACGCUAGGUACUUAUUGUCCAACUCAAAAGACCAGUCAAUCAAACUCUGGGAUGUGAGGAAAUUCUCAACAGUGGAGGGAAUAGAGGGUACAAGGAGAGCUGUGGCCAAACAGAGCUGGGAUUACAGAUGGCAACCUGUGCGUAAAGCAGUGUGUAAAAAGAGAAGGAUUAAUGGUGAUUCCUCCAUAAUGACCUACAGAGGCCAUUCCAUUCUACACACACUGAUCAGGUGUCACUUCUCCCCGGAAUUCAGCACCGGUCAGCGGUACAUCUACACCGGCUGCGCCACCGGGGCUCUCGUCAUAUAUGACUUGUUGACGGGAAAAGUGGUGUCCAGACUGAAAGGCCAUGCCUCGUGUACUAGAGAUGUUUCCUGGCAUCCGUACGAGAACAUCGUAAUGACCUCCUCUUGGGACGGUACGGUGAAGAAGUGGGACUACCAGCACGAGGAGGAAUCAGACGAAGAACUAGACGAAGAUUAUAAUGUGUUCGACGACAAGAAACGGAAAUGUACGCGAACCACGAAACACGAACGGGUAUCAAAACAACGUGUGUUGUGUGGAAAUCGUCAAGGCCUCUUUGAAUGAUGCUGUUGAUCAUUAAGUAUAGAUUUCCACCAUUUUUUACCACUAGUUCCUUAUAAACAUUGCUCAAGCAGGAGAGUUACAGUAGAAAUAUAUUGACAGAGACAUCAUUCUGUUUAUAGUUACUUUUCAUCAUGUGAAUGAUUUGGGGGUACCAGUGUAUUUGUACACUGUGGAAGUUUUUAUAAAUGUGAAUGGACAUGAACUUGAUUUCAUAAUGGACUCAUUAAUAUUUUGUAUGUCGUGUUUUUGAAAUGAGGUCGCUUAUGACAAGCUUACUCAGAGCACUGAAGGUACUACAGUAGUUUUACCUCUAUUAUGUGUAGCCUACCUUUACGUCCUUUGUACAUAUUAAUUACCAUAAAUACUGCUUGUAACAUAUACUUGUAUAUUUAUGUAUAUAUAAUUUUGUUACUUAAUAAUUACCGGUAUCCUUUCACUGAUUUUUUUUGUCUUUUUACCAAUAACACCAAUUACAAAUGAUUUUUUUAAACUAAAACAUAAAUUAAAAGGGGCAGAAUCUUUCAUAAAUGAUAGAGAAAUACCUCAAUAUAUUUUUUAUCUAAGAAUAUAUUUCUAUUUAAAAAAGGUGAUUUUUAUCACUGAAAAACACACACUAAGGACCUUUUUGAAGUCCUUGUGUGUACUUGUAGAAAUCCAUUAAGGUUCAUCAAUCCUCUGAUAAAGAAAGAUAACUCUAACUGAAAUAAAUUGCUGUUAUUUUUUUAUAAAAUAUUCAUGUUAAAAAGUCAUUUUUGUCCAAUUUUGCCUAGCUAAAUAUGCAGGAAUUGCGUGGCAUGUACUGCAUUAUAAUUAUGAAUCAAUUUCUUUUUGAAAAUCAUAAAUAUUAGGAAGGAUUUUAUAUGAAUAAGAAGAGAGAUGAUGACCUUAAAUAAUCGGAGGGUAGAUGAACCUUAAAUUAUCGUGGUCAGUAUAUUCUACAGAGGGGUUGUAUUUGUGAAAUCGAGAGUGCAUACAGUUUAAUUGGAAUUGAAUAUAAUCUGUGAGAUUGAUACAGCUUUCUUAUUUCACAAUGCAUUGUACCAUGCACAAGACAGAUACAUAUACACAUAUAUAUCUAAAACAUGUUUUAUGCAGGAAAAAGAAUUAACACAGAUUAAUGCAGGGUUUGAAAACCCACCCUUUAUUCUGUUCAAAAACUGGUAUUUUAAUAUGAAAUGUUUUAAAAAUGUUAAUCUUUAUUCUUCGAAAUGUUUUUGUACAUGUUUUUUAUUUUCUGAAACAUAUUUCAUUAAUUUUUAACUGAUAUAUUUUUUUUCUUUGCAACAAACCAUGUAAUCCUAGACUAGCAAUUGUAGAUCACCAUAGCUAACCAAUACAAUAGGUUUGAUACAUACAUUCUGUUUCAAGGUGUACUUGGUACAGUAUAAUAUAAUGAAUCUGGCGAUGGCCAUUUCUGUUUAUGGUAUUAUUAGUACAUGUAAAUAUCAACCUGUACAAUAGUAGCCUAUCAGAGUAGAUCAUGUGAAAAUUUGUACUGUCAAUUGCAUGUGCGUGUAUAUUUCACAGAAAAAAGCGCAAUGGCCAGUAUUAGUAAUGAAAGCCUGAGUAUCUUUGUAUAGUCUUUUGAGGAUUGUUUUAAAUAUGUAAUGAUGAAGAUCUUGUAAAGAUACGUUUGUUUUAUUUAUGAGUUUGAUUAUUUUUGUUUGCAGACUGUAGCCAUUACUUAUUAUGUAUGUUAAGGUCUGUUGUUUGGUUACGUCCCUUUGUUAUCAUAUAUUGUCAUAUUUUUAAAAUGUAGUAAUUUGUUUUGAUUUGUUUAUUUUUAAUCACAUGAACAAUGACAGUUUCAUCCGUCUGUUUAAUAAUACAUUUAAAACCUAUUAUGUUCGAUUUUUGUCUUUGAAAGAAAAAAUCUCGGAUAGAUCUAGAUAUUCACUUGAUUCCAGAUAAUAUUUAUCUGUGUUACUUGGUAUAAAUAUACAUGUAAGCACUUUUUUUUCAUUUUCACAUUUAAUUUUAUAAGGGGGGGGGGGGGAGAGAAGAUUUUCUGUGAAUUUCAGCUGGUGAAUGGGUAUAAGUUUGAAAUAUCCCUGUCAAUCAUUCAGGAACUUCAAAUAUGUCAAUUAGCACUGGUCAUAUAGAAAAACCCAGUGAUGUGAUUUUGGUACAAGCUGAAAAUUACAAUUUGAUGCUGUUCAAGUUUAGAUAGACUGUCUGUUACUGUAAUUCUUUUUAUGGUUUGUUUAAUUUAUGCUAAAAAUGUAUGCUUUAUUCAUAAGAACAGAACUAUUAUUGUGUAUGUACUAUACAACGUACGGUACCUAAUGUUCUACUUGAACUCUUCUCAAGAACUGAUGAAACAUAAAAAGAAAUUAAAAAAUAUUCAUUUAUUUUGUCUAAAAACCCCUAGAUCGUGAUUUUGCUUUCAGUAUUCAAAAAAAUGUAUUCUAAAGGUAUUGUAUUAUGAUGAUAGAUACAUGUAAAAGAGGGAAAAAAUCAGCAACAGAUUAAUAAACUUGUAGGAAGAAUAUUUACUGAUAUUGUAGAAGUUCUGUGAUUUUGUUGUUAUCAUUUGAUAAAAAAUGUUAAUAAUUUGAAUAAAUAAAACCAAUAAUGCAUA